UGGAUUUCCGCAAUACAUCCAGUAUGGCGAAGACUUACGACUAUUUGUUUAAACUGCUGUUAAUCGGAGAUUCGGGCGUCGGGAAGACCUGCGUGUUGUUCAGAUUUUCGGAGGAUGCCUUUAACUCGACUUUCAUUUCGACGAUAGGUAUCGAUUUCAAGAUCAGGACAAUAGAACUAGAUGGCAAGAAGAUCAAGUUACAGAUAUGGGACACAGCUGGACAGGAGCGUUUCAGAACCAUCACAACGGCGUAUUACAGAGGUGCAAUGGGUAUCAUGCUGGUUUAUGAUAUUACCAAUGAGAAAUCCUUUGACAACAUCAAGAACUGGAUCCGGAACAUAGAGGAGCAUGCAUCAGCAGAUGUAGAGAAAAUGAUUUUAGGGAACAAAUGUGACAUCAACGAGAAGAGGCAGGUGUCCAAAGACAGAGGGGAGAAGCUGGCGUUAGAAUACGGCAUCAAGUUCAUGGAGACGAGUGCGAAGUCUAAUAUCAACGUCGAAAACGCAUUCUUAACGCUCGCCAGAGACAUAAAAGCAAAGAUGGACAUGAAAUUGGAGGGUAACAAUCCUCAGGGCAGCAAUCAUGGAGUGAAAAUUACCACUGAACAGCAGAAAAAAAGCAGCUUCUUUCGCUGUGUGCUAUUGUGAAGACCAAGGCCUUACUGUCCACCACUCGUGGGCUGGACAUGACUGGACUGUGCUUUCCAUCUUAGCACUGCUUACUUUAUUUUAUCCUCUCUUUCUAGCUCUCAAGCCUUUGGGCAUUUGGAGUUCAUGGCUCCUCAAAGCUUCUUCAAUUGUCAUGUUUGCGAUUUAUACCGUUUCCUCUCGUUUGGAAGUGCAUUGGUUCUCCAGACCUGAGACGUCGCCUGAAUACUUCCACCAGUAUAAAUGUCCACCUAAGGAAGACCCUAUUACUCCAUCUUCGUUUUUAGCGUUCUGUUUUGAACGCACCACUGCCAGAAUCCAUCCAUUCCCUUCACAGUGACCUGGAAGUAGUGAUUCUUUUUCUGAGUCCGACCGCUGAGCGUAAGCUGAUGUAUUAAGCCAGUUUGAGAGUUCUAUGGAACAUUCUUUAUCAUUCCAUUUUAUUUUCAACCCUUGUGCAUUCUUUGACAAUCACAUGACCUUAUUGUAGGUAUAGCAAUGUUAUAUCCCAAUUAUUAAAACAGACCUAGUUUUUUCCUUUUUUUAAAGUAGCUUUUUUUCAGUUCCAGCCCUCUUGACUCAUCACAAAACUUUGCAAUUAACAUUUAAACUCUUGUACCGUGUCCUAACUAGAUGCAAUUUGAAAAGUUUCCAACGGCAAGCAAUUAUUUGUUCACACGGCGAAACGGCUGCACGACGUGACACAAUCGCAUCUAAGGUAUUGGCAGUCCUAAUAACAUGUAAUAUAACAUAUUGGAUGUUUAAAUGUGCUGUAAGCGAUUUCAGCUGUUUUACUUUCACAAGACUGAGCUGUUGAAUUAGCCACGCCCCUUUCCCACAAAACCCUGCACUCUAAAGAUACCAAAGGUGCUUUUUGAAGCUGACGUCGUGCAGAAAAGGUUGUUAAAAACAAAAGCAACAAAAUAGCGCCCUCAAGUGAUAACUGUUAUGAACAACAUGGCAUAAAAAUGGCAUUAAGGCUCAAUAAUUCUCCAUAACUACUGUACGACACUAUGAAAACACGCAAAAUGAUUGACAGGUUGAAAGCAUUUUUCUUUGGAGUCUAGAGCUGUCACAGAGACUAGUGAGAUUUCUCACGCCCCUUUUUUUUCAGAAAUAUCAAUCAGUUAGUAGUAAAUAUUUUGCAUACCUUUCCAGGAAAAAAAUCGCUUAUAGCACCUUUAACGUACAGUAAUGUGGGGUGUGAUUUUGGACCAUUAAGAUUUCACUGUGGGCAGAGUUACCCAGUGUAACGGCACAUAAUUAGAAGCCAAACGAUUAUCAAAAUGUCGCUCGCCUCAAAUGGCGAUCGAUUUGGACCAAAACUUAGAUGCACGUGGAAGAGCGAGCACUCAAAAAUCGUAUUUUUUGUCUAUUUUCAAAAUGUACACAUUUUAAUUGUAUACCCAAUUUCCAUGCAACUUAAUUGAUUUGAAUCAAAUUACAUUUAUAAAUGUAUAUUUACAUAUUAUGAUACAAUUGCAAUGUGUAAAUCUUAAAACAAGGAUUAAAUAUAUUGUUAAGUGAGCUUAUAUUGCUUGUUGCUUUAUUGCGUUGUACCAGGUUGGGACACGGUGUUGCGCAGUCUUGCAUUUACGACAUCGCGCAAUCUAGUUUUCGCAGACAUGGCUAAUAACGUUUUCAAACCAAACGAUCAUUAUAAACAUGUGAAAAACAUGCUUGUUUAUUCAUCACAACAUGUUUACUGCCUCGAUACAACUUACCUUGUUUUGCAAAUCAAAUUUUUUUUAAACAUGCGCAAGAAGUUAUUUCCAAAUAGUUCACUCUUGCAUGCAGUACAACGCUAGCGUUAGUUUAAUUAUUCCUUUAUAUAAAUCCCAAACUCAGCAUUUGCUUUAUUACAACCAGAUGACUUCAAACUUCCAAACUUCCCAAAUAAAAGUGUUCUUUGAUUUAACUUGAAUUGCAUUCAAAUUAGUAUAAUUAAACUGACAUUUUGCCCCUUUUAGGAUGUGGAAUUCCUGAGCUAGUAGUAUUAUUAACAAGUAUGCACAACCAAAACAAUGCAGGCCAGCCUAGAGAGGGCAUCUGUGCAACCUAGACAGCAGAAAAAGCACCGCCCAUGCAGAAUUGCGUGCACUUUAUCAGUAUCCUAUGUGUUGUGUAUAGUUUGUGCCGAGUGAUAGUUGUGCAUCAUAAAGACAGGUGAUCUGACGAAUUCAUGUUUAAUAAAGUUUAUUGGAAUAUUCUUAAUUUUAAAAAUCAUCUCCCUCCCCCUUCACCGGCAAAAGGAAUAUUUCUAGAGUUAUAUCUGUUCUCCUGACAGGAAGCCAAAGGUUAUAGUUUUAGGUGAUGCCUUGGCUGCAAAUGAUGCCGUUUUAAAUAAGUAGACUACUUCCAGUUCAUUUGUUUAUAUUGGUGAUGUAUUAUUAAGUAUCUGAAUUGCAGACUUGCAGUAUGUCUCUCAAAACCGGUUGAAGCAAGUUGAUGUCGCCAACACCAACGGAUUUGGUCCAUAUGACUAGGCUUAUCUACCUGGGAAAGAAAUCCACCAUUCUUGAAUUCCCACACAACUGAAAUGGCAAAGUAGAGGUGUUGUGCUUAAAACAAUUGCAAGAAAUGUAAUUUUAUUGAGCUAUUCUCAAAAGUAUUUUUGGAAGUCUUUCAUAUUUGAAGUUUACCCAUUUUGUGUAUAUGGGUUUGUGUUGGUGCAGUAGCGUACAACAGCAAUAGGUCACAAAAAGCGGCCAUUACUUUAGAGCGAAAGAACAACUCUUCCUCGUUGGCAAUGCAACAGGACGAAUCUCACAAAACCUGUUAAGAACAUGUCCAAGUCGUAUUUCACCCUAAAAUCAAUAGAAAUAUGAUGUUUUAUUUUGCAUAUAGAAAAUGAUUAUAUAUUUGUUUGUUUUUGGACCUGUAAGAUUUUGAACUUUUUUGACCAUAAGCACAUUUUCCUCUAAAUUCCAAUAGCUUUCUUAUUACUGUAAAGGGGCAAAAUGGUUGAAAAUAAAUAAUAAUGUAUUUUUAUAUAAAGUGGUGUACUGCCUUUAGUUUUUGCAAAUUCAUUAAAAUGGUGAAAAUCGUUAGUUUUUUUUUUUUACUGUUAUACGGUAAAAAAGACAUUAUAUUACAGUAAUGACAAUCUAAAGAGAAUCACCAUUGAGAAUUAGAAUUUUAAAUAAAAAUCAAAAGAAACAUUUUCAGAUGCAUUAUGGUAAAGCGAACUUGCUUAAAUGAGGGGUGCGUAAUUGCCAUUAUUUAUUUUUUACGGUUAAAUAUGAUCUGGACAUGUUUAUUUGAGAUUUACCCAAGAAUAUAAGCACAGUGUUUCAAUAUUUUACCAAGGAGGCAGAGACUCAUCUGUUCUCUUCCUGCGGUAUGACCCAUUCAAAUGGUCACACUCCUUGAUUUAUGUUUAAGACAUUUUUUUGCAAGCUUAAAGUGAUCGUUGUUCUUUCAAUGGAACACAAAAGGACGUCUUUCACUUACAGCAUUUGCAAUAUUUUCCAUACCAAAAAAUAAAUGAUAACUGAGAUCAUCGUUCCACCUAACAUCUCCUUCCGUGAUCCAUGGAAUAAAUGAAACAUACGGAACGUUUGGAACAACAUGAGAGCGGGUCUUUAUUUUUGGGUGUACUGUCCCUUUAAAUGUUAACCUUGAAAUGACUGUUUGCACCUUGUUCAUUUUUGUCCAGAAGGAGAUGAUCGUUUGGGUUCAUAUUUGUCAUAUUCUCUGAUAUUUAGAGUUGGGAAUGUGUCUGUUAAGUUGUCGCCCAGCUUCAUUCAUACUCCUCGCCGUUCUUUCCUUCCCUGAUCUGAUAUUGUAUACAAUUUGCCAUUUGUCUUAAUAA